GCUGAAAGCAGCGGACAGGAAACAAAAGGGGAAAAAAUAUUACUGGGUUAAAAAACCCGUCUCUCCACGCUGAGCCUGCGACCUCCUCCCCACACCCGCUGCCCUCUGUGCGCAUCUUCACCUCCAUCUACGUCACCACGGUUACAGGAGGGGAGGCUCUCUCCCUGCUUGCUCAUCGUGAGACCCAAAAUCACCAAAACUGGGCCACAGGGUUUUCGAUCAGAAAAGUGUUCCUAAUAUAGCAUUUAUAACAGCCAAUCAGGCUGCUGCCGUUCAGUACCGGGGGGAGUUCCUUCGGUGGGGAUGAGCUUGGAGCUUCAUGCAGAUCCGGGCAGGUGGUGCUGGUAACCCCCCUCUCGACGCUCACGGGCUGUCGAAGGCGCAGAGAUGCGUGUGCGCUCGCCAGGCAAGCCGGCGAGGGGAGGGGUGUUUGGCAUGCAGAGGAAGCGUGCCUGUGGGAGCUUUAUUUCGGUGGACUAGCUUGGAGCUGCUCGCCUGCCGUGUGCGAGGUGCGAUGGAAACGCAUCUCGAGAUGCCAGUGCAGUGGAGGUGGUGGCAGCACCAUGAGCCACAGUCGGCCAGUCCGGUAGCAAUCGACAGAACGGACUGACCCUUUAAUGUGUGUGUGUCUGCACGAAUACCUUCUCUUCCAGGAGUGUCAAUCGGUGUUGGAUGUAACUAUUUGCCCAGAUGGGACUGUUUCCACGGAACGGGGACAUGUCCAUCUCCAGGGACAUGCCUAUGGCCCUGCGGAGACCAAAAGACCCAGUUUGACACUCUUGGCUUCAACUUAGGGAUGAUUUGAAUUGGAUAUUAAACAGUCAGACACACGUUAGGUUAUCAGGCAUCGUCAGACACGUAUUAUCAGACAUUAACAGACAUGCACGAGGUUUAAUGUGUAUGGUUUUCCACCCCAGACUAGAUAAGCUCCGUUUUGCGACCCCUCUGCUCUGACUCGGCUCAGCCUUGCGGUUGGAGAAAUCACUGCAAUAUAUGACUGUCCAGCAGGUGGCAGUAUACUCUUAGCCUGGGUCCUUAUCGAGCCUAGGAAGUUGCAUGACCCCUACUUCCCCCUCUGGUUCGUAUCGUCUGAUCCAGAAUGCCGUGUCUUAUGGUGACCUCAGCGCCCCAUCCAAUGUUUCCUACGCCCCAAGGGCUCUUUACUCCUCUGCAAAACCCAGCAACGCGAGUGGCUGAAAGGAUCCCCAUCCACCGACGCCCACUGCCCCGGGGAAUCGCGCGUCGUGGGGGACGUGUAGUCCGAGGACAGGAAGCUUCCGAAGGGACAUGGGAGUCAGGACUCCAGCAUCCUUUAUCUUUAGUCCAUGCUUCUGGAAGUCGGCGCUGCUCUGCUGUGGGUGGAGCUUGUGGGGAAACUCGCUUCUCCAGUUCUUCUUAGGUUUAUUUGUUUGUUUAUUUAUUUAAACUAGAUUUGCGUAGAACUGUUAGAAGACGACAUAAUCCCCACAGCCUGCCAAAUCUCCCCAAACCUAAGCAGCUUUGACCUCCUCUACGAUCUGAGCCUGUAUGUCAUGUAUCGGAGCAGACAAACUGAUUUAGGAUCAGUUUUCCCAACUACUACGUUUGCACUUAUUAAGACGGGAGAGCUAAUGCCUGAUCCCAGCGUCUUCCAUUCAAGUCGGAAGGCUUUUGUGAGGAAGACCUUUUGUUAUCCAGCGUUCCGCAGCACGACCCCGUUCCCUGACACAACAACGGACGCGCAGUGUCACGCCACGUGCCAGCUCCGACCUUACCAUCACCUACGCACGGGAAGAACGCUUUGCCUCGGCGCUGAGCAGAACUCUGGCCCUUCUCCUGACAGGCCGCGACUCUCCGCUCACACCUGCUGCCGUGUUAUCCCUACAGGUCGUGUGCGCGAGCGAGAUGCCAGCUUUGCUCAGAGGAAGGCGGAGAGGGCCACAGUCAGAUCUCACUUCAGAGAAAAGUACAGACUGCCUAAGAAUGAGCUGGACGACACGCAGAUCCAGGCAGCCACACAGGACGUGGAGCUGCCGACCGAGCUGGCCAAGAUGAUCGCCGAGGACAACAAGGAUGAGCAGCACAAGCAGUCGGUGCUGGGUCAGCUGUCCAGCCUGCAGCAUGUGGACAUGGACCACCUGAAGGACAAAGCUCAGGCCACCCUGGAGGAGCUGAAGAACUCAGCCGAGAAGUGCACGCUCAUGUGAUAACACCCCCCCGUCUAAUGUUCUCUCUUUAUCUAUCUCCCAAUUUCUCUUUAUUGUUCUGUCUCUCUCCCCUCUCUAAUGCAC